AUGAAUUUAUCAGAACGAACAGCGGAGUUUCUUUGGUCUCAAUUGUUCAAUGAUGUUAUUCUUCGUUUUCCUCCCAAUAAUAAAGCUAAACAACAAAUGAUCAAAGCAUGUCGUGAUUAUUAUCGAGACAAUCAACAAGAGUUACAAUUAAUCGAUGAGUUCGAAAAAUACUAUACAAGUGAAGAAUGUAUCCGAUGGUACACACGAGAGACUUUUGUCUAUAAAAUGGUGAAUAAAGCAUUGCGUACUGAAGAUGUUGAACAACUGCAUACCUUUCGUUUUUUUAUUGCGGAUCUAUCAUCAGCACUGGCAAGUGAACACAAGAAGAUGAUAGAGCAGUCUAACAAUGGAAUGAUAAUCACGACUGUCUAUCGCGGUGUUAGAUUAACACUAGCCGAACUUGAAGAAUUUCGAUCAAAUGAGGGUAAACUCAUUUCAAUCAAUGGUUAUUUAUCCACAAGUCGUUCACGUUGCAUAGCAAUUAAUUUUGCUGUAAAAGGUAAAAAACAAGUUGAUUCUGUUCCAGUACUGUUUGAGAUUGAAUGUCAAAAUGAAGAAAGUGAUUGUUCCAUUUUUGCAGAUAUAACGAGUUUCAGCGAUUUUCCCGAUGAGCAAGAAGUUCUAUUUGAUUUAGGCGCCGUUUUUAAAAUUCAGACAGUUAGUGAAGAAGAUGAUAUGUGGAAGGUUUGUUUAAGUGCAACAGAUGACGGACGAGAAAUCGCCCGACAGUACAUCGAAGAAACAAAGAAAGAAAUGGAAGGAGAUAGUGUAUCGAUGUUCUUUGGGUCGUUACUGACUCGGAUGGGUCACUAUCAGGCAGCUCAAACUUAUUUUCAACAAUUAUUGAAAGAUCCCGGAAAUGAAAAUCUUGCUUAUAUUCACAAUCAACUUGGACUAGUUUGUCAGGCAAAGGCUGAGUUUGAUCAAGCCAUGUAUCAUUUUGACGCAGCCUAUCAAUUGAUGAGAGAACUGCACCCAUCUCUACUUCGAGAUUCAGCACGUGUAUUGCGUAAUAUGAGUCAUGUUCUAAUGGAGCAAGGACAUUAUGAGAAAGCACUUAAGCAUUGCAGAGAAGCUAAAACAGUGCUGGAAGAGUUGAACGAUUCAUGUCAACUCGAAAUAGCACAAUGUUUACAUAGUAUUGGAUCUAUUUAUCGAGGUCUGCGCAAGUAUGUUGAAGCAAUCACUUAUUAUGAACACUCAUUAGAAAUCAAACGAGUUUGUUUACCUGAAAUUCAUGUUCACAUUGCUGAAACUUUGAAUUCUAUCGGUCUCGUUUAUCUAAUGACCAAGGAUAUUGAAAAAGCAGUUAAUUUUUUUCUUUCCUCUCUUCAAAUGUUUCAGACAUGUUUGCCUGAAGAUCACUCUGAUAUUGCUAAUGUUCUUCAUAAUAUUGCUGAUUGUUAUCAGAGUAAAGGUCAAUAUGAUAAAGCUCUGCAACAUUACCAUCUUGCACUAUCUAUGAAAACAAAGUGUUUCCCUUCAGGUCAUCCAGAAAUUGCUACGACUCUAAAUAACAUUUCCACUGUACUCAGUGCUAAAGGAGAUAAAGUGAAAGCACUUGAAUUGUGUUUGAAAGCAUUAAAAAUGCGAGAACGAGUAUUACCGUUUGAUCAUCUCGAUCUGGCAACCAGUUUCAGUAGUGCAGGACAUAAAUAUGAAGCAAUCAAAGAAUAUCAAUGUGCUCUGGAAUAUUUCGAGAAAGCAUUAAGAAUUCGAGCAAAAUUUUUAUCGGAAGAUGAUCCAGUGCGUAAAAGAACAGAGAGACAUGUAAUUCGUAUGAAAUGGAAAGUAACGUGA